GUCAUCUUUACUUCAUCAUCGCAUCAUCCCUCCCUCUUUCCACAUCACCAUCAAUAUCCUCGCCAUCGACAGAUUAAAUCAACACAACAGCAACACUAAUCAUGCCUCCCCUCCCCUCCCUCACCCCAACCUGGCAUAACACCACCUACCCCUCCAUCUCGCCCACCCGCCCCGACCUCUCCGCCGCCAACAGAACCAUCAUCAUCACCGGCGCAGGCAGCGGCAUCGGCCGCGCCACCGCACUCUCCUUCUCCCGCGCCGGCGCCCACAAAAUCAUCCUCAUCGGCCGCACGCUCUCCACGCUGAUCGAGACCCAGAGCGCGCUCUCCUGCCCCAGCUCCGUCCACGCCUGCAGCGUCACCGACGAAGCCUCUCUCGCCACGCUCGCCUCGGAAAUCGGCCCCUGGGAUGUCCUGAUCCUAGGCGCGGGGUAUCUAGCCGGUCCGGCGACGAUCCGCGACUCGGGGGCGGAGGAUUGGUGGGGGAGUUUUGAAGUAUUCAUUCCUUCCUUCUUUCUUCACCCCUCUCUCAAGUCCCUCCCAACUCAUGGAGAAAGACGCAUAAGGCAAUCAAGGGGACUAAUAACAGUCUCCUGGUUUGGACAGACAAACGUAAAAGGCGCCUACCUGCCCAUCAAAACGCUCCUCCCCACAGCCCGUCCCCAGCAUGCGACCAUCAUUGCGAUCACGGCGAUCACGACUUUCCCGGCCACUGCACUACCAGGUCUCUCGGCGUACGUCGGUUCGAAACUGGCCCUGCACAAGGUCAUCGAGUUCGUGGCGGCGGAGAACCCGAAUGUGUUUGCGGCGGCGCUGCAUCCCGGGAUGGUUGAGACGGGGGUGUUUCGCAAGAGUGGAGGGGAUAAGGAGCGGUUGCCGAUGGAUGAUGUCUCGCUGCCGGCGGAUUUCAUGGUGUGGCUGGCGAGUCCCGAGGCGGCGUUUCUGAAUGGGCGGCAGGUGUGGGCGAAUUGGGAUGUCGAGGAGCUGAAGCUGAGGAGGGGAAGGAUUGGAGGGGGGUUGGAGUUGACGGCGGGGGUUUAUGGGUGGCCGUUUAGGAGUGGAUUGUAG